AUGUCAGAAGUCCCUGUCACGAGGGUCUGUUGUGUGCGGGCGUUCAAGCCCUUCCUGAAAGUUGGUUAUUUUGCUAAGAAUGGAAGUGUUGGAGAAUCUUACCAAAAUGGUAAGAAGUUGGUGGGAGCUAGCCAGGCCGUUCCUGGGCGCUUGCAGGCGUCCUUCAUUGGUAAGAAACAGCUGGAGGAGCCUAUUCGAGAAGUGGAAUUCGUGAGGACACUAUUGAUUGACAACUAUGAUAGUUAA